AUGGCGACAACCCAAACCAUCACAGUAACUCACACAGGCUCUGAAUUCGUUGGCGAGGGCAAUAAAACCUCCAUUCGUCUCGAAGCAACGAGUCUUCGAUCUCACGAAAGCGAGAGGCCGACUACCCCGCCGGUCGCUCAGUUUUCGAAUUUCCAAAAGUUUAUCAUAGUCCUUUUGCUGGGUGGUAAUACACUUUUCUCGAGUGUCAUCAACGGCCUUGUCACUGUCGGACUUCCCACAAUCACAAAGGAUCUUCAAUUGCCCUCCUCACUAUCUUUCUGGCCCGUCUCUGUAUCCGGACUAGCUACUGCGUCAACAUUACUGCUCUCUGGUUCGUUGGCAGAUGUCAUUGGACCGCGAUGGGUGGACUUAACUGGAACUUUUGCAAGCGGUGCGCUGAUGCUUGGAAUGGGCUUCUCGAAGAAAGGAACUGAAAUGGUUGCAAUGCGGGCCCUCCAAGGUGUUGGUCUCUCCCUCCAUCUUGCAUCUGCGGUUGGCAUAGUUGCCCAGGUUUUCCCACAGGGAGGCAGUAGAAACAUGGCCUUUGCUUGUCUCGGAAUGAGUCAACCGCUUGGUUUCUCCGUUGGACUUGUUCUCGGAGGUAUCCUUGUGGACACUGUUGGCUGGCGUGUUGGAUGGUAUAUUUCAGGAGGGUUUGCUCUGCUUCUCUCAACCAUUGGACUUUGGGCUCUUCCUGGAACCCCUCAGCCUCGCAAACUGGAUGAUAUUCUUCAUGAUAUGAAGCAUAAGAUCGACUGGAUUGGCACGAUUCUAGCAUCUGCAUUUAUGGCACUGCUUUGCUACCUUCUUGCUAUCUUGAGUUCGAAUCCGUAUCGUAUCAAGGAAGCUGCUAGCAUCAUUAUCCUCUGCUUGAGCGUGAUUGCAUUGCCUGCCUUCGUAACAUGGAUUCAUUUCCAAGUUCGUCGUGGACGGCCAGCACUCAUUCCCAAUGCAUUUUGGAAGAAUGCGACUUUCUCCAGUAUCUGUGCGACCAUCGCCCUAUCCUUUGCUGUUAUUAACUCUAUGGAACUUUUCGCAAGUUUGUACUUUCAGGAGGUUCAGCUGCUUUCUGCGCUUCAAGCUUCUAUCCGCAUUCUCCCUAGCCUUAUUGUCGGAGUACUGGUUCAAGUGACCGCAGGGUUCUUCGUCCAUAAAGUACCCGCCAUAUGGAUUGUGACACUCACCGCAAUCCUAUGCUGUUGCUCGCCAUUGCUUAUGGCUACAGCUAAUCCGUCCUGGACGUACUGGUCGAAUACCUUCGUCGCGCAACUUCUGCAACCUGUCAAUUGCAAUGCACUCUUUACAGUUGGUCUUAUUAUCAUCACAGACAUAUUUCCAGACGAUACCAAGGCGCUCGCAGGUGCGGUGUUCAACACAGCUGCGCAGUUUGGUACCGCGCUCGGGCUUGCAGUUUUGCAAGUCAUAUCUACCGUUGUGACCAAUGAAAAAGAAUCCAAUGAGGAAGAGAUACCUGCAUUAUUAGCUGGAUACCGGGCAAGCUUUUGGGCCAUGUUUGGCUUCAUGAUCCUUUGCACUGCCAUCUCAGCGCUAGGUCUUCGAAAAACUGGCCGCAUUGGACUGAAACAAGACUGA